AUGAGCAGCCUCCAAGAUGACAGCACUCAUGCGGCUCUCGAGCAUACAACUCGACCUGUAUCGUGGCCGUCUCACAUCGACCCGAACGAGCCGGACAUCGCGACCCCGCACAACCCUCCCCGCCCUGUUACAACAGAAGAGAAACGUCACUGGAGACAGGGUCAGCAUGCGAUGACCUACAACGCAUGGCUAGCGAAUGAGAAAGAGUUGGACGAUGCCUUCCGCACCUGGCGAGAUACAGACGACGGUAAACGCGAGGUCGCAGAAGUGUACAGCCGCUUCCCAGGUUUGCGGCUUACAUGCAUGGGCGCCGAGGACGUCUCCUGGUUCGUUAGGGAGAUGUCGACCCGCGGCACAUACUUGCGUACGAGGUGGGAUGCCGUUACUAGCGACGGUUACACGGGACUUGAGUUCACAGACCCCCAGAUCAAGCUCUUGCUGCUGUUGACGUCUCCGCAACGGUCGCUUUCUGUUCAGAGCAUGGCCGACAAGUGCAUGGAGCUUCUUCCGCUUUAUCGAAAAGCAUUUGGGUCGAACAGCGAGUACAUCGAGUACAUCGAGAUCAUGUUCGGCGGUGCUCAAGAUACCAAUGGCUACGACUGCUUUUUCCCCCAUUGUGGUUACUUCGAAGGUAACGUUCCGGGCUGGCCUUCGAGAUUAGAGUCUGCCGCAAGCGCUGGAAACAGCCUCCAUAAAGAUGUCUUCACUCUUCCGCCCGGGGAAGAGAGUAUACUUACAACCCACCGCUAUCAGUAUGAUCGUCUGUACCGCGAUACACCUCCAUACAUCCCAAGAAGCAGCAUACAUCGAGGAAAGACAGCAAAGGGGAUAGCCGAUCUGCCAAUAGAGUUGCUGAACAGAAUCUUCGAGCAUAUUGGUUUGUUUGAAGGCCCGAUUCUCCUGGCACUGAAAACAAAGCGCGUCACACAUCCUGCUCAACGUUUUUACUGCAAAUACAUGCUUCCGAGCCACCGUGGCAAGAUUGGUGGUGAAGUCGGAGCUGACUGGCACAAGGACGUUCGGCCCGACAUAGGCAUACCUAACGUCCUCAGUCUUCGCAAAGUAUGUCGCGCAUGGGGCGACAUGAUCCGAGACGUCUUCUUCCAGAACACCUUCGUUUUCCGGUACGAUGACCAUAUGCUGAAAGGUUCAAGAUCUCAAAACGUGUGGGCCAUAUCCACAUCUGUAAGAGAGGACCGAUACAGCCUGGUGGACUUCAAGAUUCGAUGCAAACCUAUCUUACAAGAUGGGUUGGCACAACCAUUCGGAGAGCCGGAUGAAAUUGGCAUCGAUUACGAAGAAGAAGUAGUUUACCUCGGAGCCAGCCACAAUGCAGACAGGAUGAUCCUUCGGUACCGACGCUUCUUGCGACCGGACUUUCGUCGUUAA